AUGAUAUAUGUACCCAUUAUAGAAUCCUUAUAGGUGAAUAAAACUAUUGAAAACGAUAGAUUUGAUGCAUCUCCCAAUUUUUAAAGGUUCAAAUUAAACAAUUUACAUCAAAACCAUUUUUCUCUGGCAUGCAAAAUUAAUAACACAAUAAAGGCAACUGCAAAUAAAAAUUCUGUUGUUUUUGGGUCUUCUUAAGAUAGAAAAAGACCUUCCAAAUUAAUUUUGCCGUCAUUACAAUAUGACUUAAACUUUAAGUCAGUUGACAGACAUAAAGCUUCUCCAAAGAUAAGAGGUAAUCGAACAAACCGAAUUAAGUCUGAGAAAUCUGAUAAAUAAUGUUGUCAUUCUCCAUCGAUUAACAAAACUGAAACUAUAGUCUAAACUAUUUAAACAACUGAAUUAAACUAUCUAUAAAAUUUGAUUUAAAGGUUAAAAACACCUCGUGUAGGACAAUAACAUAAAAUAUCACUCAGAUAGGAUGAGUUCAUACCGAUGAAUUCUUAAGAACUUAAAGAGAGUUUAAUUUCAUUGAUGUAAAUUUUAUCUCAAUAAAAGGAAUAAAUAUGGUUUAAAAUAAAGAUGAUA